UUUCUCGUUCAUAUCUACCCAUUUCCCCAAAACCUCUCUCUCAUCUUCUGGACCCUCUUCUGGAAACCUGUUGCUGGCAUUGUCUCAGAAUUCAUAGCUCUCUCUCUCUCUCUCUCUCUCUCUCUCUCUUAUCAUGGAGGUUUUAGUGUGCGUGGUUCUCAUCUUGGCUAAUGCUCUUCAUUCAAGUGCUACAUGGUGUAUUUGCAAGGACGGAGUGAGUGAUGCAGCCCUACAGAAGACACUGGACUAUGCAUGUGGGGCAGGUGCCGAUUGCACUCCUAUUCACCAGAACGGAGCCUGCUACAACCCCAUCACUGUUAGGGGCCAUUGCAAUUAUGCAGUAAAUAGCUACUUCCAAAAGAAGGGUCAAGCCCAAGGCUCCUGUGAUUUCUCUGGCACUGCCUCUGCAACCACAUCAGACCCCAGCUCUUCUGGUUGUGUUUAUCCUGCAAGUGCCAGCGCUGCUAACGCAACUCCUUCCACAAACACGACGUCGGGCAGUUCUCCUUAUUCGACGGGCGCAUUCGGACCAUCGAGCACAGACGUCAGCCGCGGCGGGUCUAUGCUUCAACAGGGUAGUAGCUUGUUCUGUUUCUUAAUCACACUCUUGUUUUCAGCUUUGUUACGGGGUUGAAGAAACAGGAGAGGCUGUGGUGGUGGGGCAGAUUGGUUUGUAUUCUUAUGGUUGUGUGCAUUUGGUUCUAGUGUUGGUUUGUGGGAAUAUGUGUAGACAAACCUUUGCUUUAUUUUGUUCUCUUGCCCAUGCAUUCUUAUUACUUGGGGAAAAAGAUGGGCUUUGGAUUC